AUGAAGAUGUUUGAGACUCAAAUAGGUCAAAUGGCCACAGCCAUCAGCAAGCUUCAACAGUCGAGGAAUUUCUCAAACAAUGCCAAGGUGAACCCGAAGGAGCAGUGCAUGGCCAUUGGAUUGAAGAAUGCAGCCACAGCUGAAGGCAGCUAUGAAUCUCAUGAGACGAGGGAUGAGUCAAAGAAGAACGAUGAAGGGGGUCGACGAGUUCCACCUCCAUAUCGUCCUCCCGGAUGGAUGCCGUUUCCCCAACGUCAUUACAAGAUUGUCGAUUUGCCAAGCGGAAAUACACAAGAAGGGCCCAAGAUGGCCGAGGAUGAGAGCGCACCGCCAGUUGUGGAGGAUAAAGCUGAGGAAGUCACUAUUGAGGUUUCUGGCAAAAAGAAGGAUGAAAAGAAGAAAGCUGCUUCACCAGCAACUGUGACUUCCAUUCCCUCAGCACCAUCAGAAAGAGAGAGUGAAGGAGCAAUUCUCCAAGUUCUUAGAGAUCUUCAAGAAGGUUCACAUCAACAUCCCGUUAGUGGAGGCGUUACAGGAGAUGCCGCAGAGUUCGAGAAGGCACUCUGCGAUCUGGGGGCGAGUACUAAUCUCAUGCCUCUAUCUAUCUUUCAACAGCUGGCAAUUGGGGAGGUGAAGCCUACAUCUAUGAUGCUGCAGAUGGCAGACAGAUCGGUCACUUAUCCACGUGGGAUUGUGGAGGACGUGCUUGUGAAGGUGGGGGAUUUUAUUUUCCCUGCCGACUUUGUGGUGUUAGAUAUAGAGGAUGACAAGAAAAUUCCGCUGAUUUUGGGGCACUCGUUUCUUGCAACGGGAAGAGCUUUAAUUGAUGUGGAGAAAGGAGAGCUCACGCUGCGAGUUCACGAUGAAAGCAAAAAGUUCUCUGUCUAUGAACCAUGCCGCAUCCACAAGGACGAAGUGCCCAAGAAAGCUAAAGAUCCUGGAAAGGACCUAGGUGAUCAGAUUUCUAAGGGAAGAGACAUGGCUGGCAAGAGUGGAGCAAAGCGUAGCUGGUCUCAGCACUGCUUGUACCAACCUCCUUGA